AACUCACCAAAUCACAGUGUGAUGUCCGCAGGUCCACAGAACUCCAGCGUUGAGCUGCAGAGGAGACGAGAACAUGCAUCAUAUCAGAUUUUCCCGGAGCCUUCGGAGCAGCCGGAGCUGGAGCCGGUGAAGGAGCGUCUGCCGUCCAUCGUGGUGGAGCCAACGGAGGAGAGCGGAGCUCUGCAGUGGCCUUCUCUUCACACACAGACCUCCAUCAAUGAGGAAGAGGAGGAAGACCCUUUCCAGGACCACUGUGAGCCCAUCAGCGCCGCUCAGGAGGAGCAGACCAGUGCGGACGGAGCUCCUCGGUUCAAGCGUGCAUCGAUUCCUGGCGUUCAGAUCGACUGCAGCAGACUGACUCCGCCCCAUUCGCCGACGUCAUCACACUCGGCCCCGCCCCGUUUUCGCAGCUGAGCGACAGACAGCACAGCUCACUGUACAACUGAAGCAUUAGAAUUGUAGUGUUUUUUCUGGUUUAUAGGUUUUACCUUGAAAUAUCAAUCUG